GUUUUUUCUCUCUGUAUCACAGAAAGCAUUAUUUUUUUUUUCUUUUGUUGUUUCUCGUCAAUUUGACGAUUUCUCCAAAAUUUGUAUUCGAUCUUUCUAGGUUUUACCUCUGAAAUUUUUCUUUGGAACGCUGUUGAUCAUGGAGAUGGAGCGCGUGACUGAGUUUCCUCUUACUCACUUGGAUCGGCGACCAAGAAAGAGGGCGCGAUUGGGCUGGGAUGUUCCUCAGGCCCCAAAGGCUCAGGUAGGAAUGUUAUGUGGACAAGAGAUUGGGAAUUUCUCAAGCUUUGCAUCUUUGAACGCACCUUCGGAACAAAAUUGUAGUUCUCUGUUUCUUAAGGGAGUUUCACGAAAUGGUUCUCCGCCCCGGCGAGAGGAUGACAAGGAUGGCCAUUACAUGUUUGAGCUUGGCGAAAAUUUAACAUCUCGCUAUAAGAUCCAGAGUAAAAUGGGUGAAGGUACCUUUGGUCAGGUUUUAGAAUGCUGGGACAGAGAGAAAAAGGAGAUGGUUGCCAUAAAAAUUGUUCGUGGAAUUAAAAAGUACCGCGAAGCAGCUAUGAUUGAAAUUGAGGUGUUGCAACAACUUGGAAAACAUGAUAAAAAUGGAAAUCGUUGUGUGCAAUUACGGAACUGGUUUGACUAUCGUAACCAUAUCUGUAUUGUCUUUGAGAAGCUUGGACCAAGCUUAUACGAUUUUCUACGCAAAAACAAUUACCGCUCAUUUCCCAUUGACCUUGUCCGUGAGAUUGGCAGACAACUGUUGGAUUGUGUAGCAUUCAUGCAUGACUUGCAUAUGAUUCACACUGAUCUGAAGCCUGAGAACAUUCUUCUUGUCUCUUCGGAUUAUGUUAAAGUUCCUGAUUACAAGAGUUCAUCUCGGUCACCAAAGGAUAGUUCCUACUUUAAAAGAGUUCCAAAGUCAAGUGCUAUCAAGGUGAUUGAUUUUGGAAGCACAACAUAUGAGCGUCAAGAUCAGACUUACAUUGUAUCAACUCGACAUUAUCGUGCUCCGGAGGUGAUUCUUGGACUUGGAUGGAGUUAUCCUUGUGAUAUAUGGAGUGUUGGUUGUAUAUUAGUUGAGUUGUGCACGGGUGAGGCUUUGUUUCAAACCCAUGAGAAUUUGGAGCAUCUUGCCAUGAUGGAACGUGUUCUUGGCCCAAUUCCCCAGCACAUGUUGAAGAGAGUAGAGCGACCUGCUGAGAAGUAUGUCAGAAAAGGUAGAUUGGAUUGGCCUGAAGGUGCAGCCUCAAGGGAGAGCAUUAAAGCUGUUCAGAAGCUUCAUCGACUUCAGAAUCUAGUAAUGCAGCAUGUGGACCAUUCUGCUGGAGAUCUCAUUCAUCUAUUGCAAGGGCUUCUUCGGUAUGAUCCUUCUGAAAGAAUGACUGCUCGUGAAGCCCUAAGGCAUCCAUUUCUGUCGAGGGAUCACUUCAGAAGGUGAAAUCUUCGAAGUAUAUACUUAAAUUGAGCAAUCAUAGUCGACGGUAUUGAUCAUUAGGCCUUUCGGACCGGGAUCCUGUAUUGGUGAACCUGUUUGAGCUUCUAGGGAUUGCCUGAGUACAUAACAGAUUGACUCACUGGAAGAGUUAGGCAAACUCUCUUUUAACCGACGACCAUGUUUGUUGUAUAGUAUUCCAUCCGACUUAGUUGACAACGUAAUGAUAUACCUCAUUUUUUAGUGCUGACCAACCAUCCUAUCUUAUUAUUUAUGGUUUGUCUUGAAUUAUUAUAACUAUUAUUUCAAAGAAAUUCUAAAAUUGUAUAAAA